UCACUGUUCAUCGCCCUGCAAAUUUUAUCCUGACGAGCGCUCUAUUCUCUCUGUCGGUCAUCUCGUAACUCUCGUCGUUCCCGCACAUCUGGAACGGAAAGGAAACUAGCGGAGCCUGCUUAUCUGUUGAACGAUCUGUGCACUCUGUGCAGCAUCACGCGCACGCGUAGUAAUUCCUACACCCCACAAAUAGCUACCCGUAGAGGUUGGAUAUCACUGAAACUCCCUCGGGGAUAAGCUGUCAAGAAGAGAUUGAGAUGUCAGAAGCGGCAGUUGCGCCCCGUGCGGCACUGGACCUGACGUAUGUUCUAUAUGACGAGUCAUCAUUGGUAUCUCAUGUGCUAGCCUUGCUGACAUUGAGUCCCAUCCUGCUGAAUCCUGCCUAUGCAGUUCUUGCGGUUCAGACACGCGAGCUUUUGUUUAUUGAAAUGUGGGCUGGUCAGAUGUUCUGCGAAGGCUUGAACUGGGCUCUGAAACAUAUCAUUCGGGAGGAACGUCCGAACCAUAACCUAGGUCCCGGCUUCGGCUUCCCAUCCUCCCAUAGUCAGUGGAUGGGCUAUUUCGCCGCGUUUGUGCUGUGUCACUUUACUUUCCGCCAUCGGUUCGUUCCAAUGGGGUCUCGACUGCUUGACAUCGCCCGAAAGUCAAUUCUUCAUGUCGGCGUGGUGGCAUGGGCCGCAUUGGUUGCAUAUUCUCGAUACUAUCUAUCAUACCACACACCACAUCAAGUGAUCUGGGGCUCCCUCAUUGGUGCCUUGUUUGGCGUUAUAUACUACGCACUCGUGGAGUACAUCCCAACUCGGAAGCCUAGCUCCAUAAUGGGGAAGGCGCGAAUCGCGCUACUGAGCAACCCAGUAUGCACAUGGCUUAGGAUCCGGGACGGAUGGUCGGUCUGGUCUGACGGUGGAAUGGAAGUCCAAUGGCACCGAUGGAGGGAAGAGUGGGACGGGCACAGGUCAGAGGACAACCAUGCACGCUCAGGGAUAAAACAGGAAUGAGCAGUGCACUCGUCGAUUAAAUGGUUCUAUCGUUCGGGCCGUUGUGUCUCGUUGAAUGUCAUACUUUUUACGCUCACGAUUCCUGGUCUGCAUAGCAGGGUUCCUGUAUCAUCGGACAAAUCUCAGAGGGCAACAUUCAGUGGUAGGGCGAAUGGGUCUCGAAAUGAGCUCGUCGCUUGACCAAGACUGAAUGGAAUGUGGCCACUAAGUUGCAGCAUCACGCCACUGUCCCGGUGUGGCGCGUGGCCCUAACGUGGUCCUAGAUUCUUUAAACUCUUCGCUUUAGACUCAUAACAUAUUCUAGUACAAAUGUAUUUGGAUAUUUUGCCACCAUCAUCAGCACAGCAGGAGGGAGAUAUGCCUUGUAAUGUGUCCAACGAGUCAGUGGAAACGGAUCGUUGC